GGCGAUAACAUACACACGAAACAGUGUUCUGCAACAUGGCUGCCGGCUGGCCCCCUUACUGAACCCCAAUAAGCGCCUUGCGGUUAUCAACCAGCCUCACUUCCCUCCUGCAGAGUAGUAGCCCUACUACCCCACUGGCAUGAAGAGACUCGCACCUCAACACGAUAUCCCAAGCGACUUCACGUCUCAAAUUUCCGCGUUGAAACUCGGGGAUCCAUGCACAUCUGGUUCGUUUGGCGCCGUCUAUCGGCGCACCAUCAAUACCAGCGAGGGCACAAAAGAGGUCGCAGUAAAGGUGUUCAAGAUCGAUCCUGGGAGAGCUGUGGAGAAAUAUGAGAAGGCAAUGCAUCGGGAACUCAAGGUGUGGAUUAGACUGUCAAAACAUCAAACUAUCGUACCGCUACUUGGCACCGCACACGUCGGGUCUCCAUAUCCUGCUCUUGUUUCGCAAUGGAUGCCCUCCGGAACAUUGUAUAUGUAUCUCGAGAAGCAAGGUACAAUAACCGCUUUGGAUAAAGCUGAAUUGGUCAGGGGCGUUGCCAAUGGCCUCAGAUAUCUUCACUCGGAGAAUGUCAUUCACGGAGACCUUCAUCCCGCAAAUGUCCUUAUAGAUGGUGCGGGGAAUCCACGUCUCACAGAUUUCGGUCUCGCAACAGUCGUAGGGGACGCAGAGUCGCAGCUGAAUACGACGACGGCAAACCGCAGCUUCAAUCCUCAAUGGCGUGCGCCUGAGGUCAUUGGAAUCGACCCGGAGGCUGAAGUUGUACAACCGAAUUUUAAGAGUGAUAUAUAUUCUUUUGGUGGUGUCAUGUUCUUUGUCGUUUCGGGGGGUAUACCGUGGAAAGAGAAGAAAAACUCAACUCACAUCAUCAUUGAGCUAUUGAAAAAAGCGACUCCUGCUCGUCCCGACAACGUUCUUGACGAUCACUGGAACUUAAUUCACAAAUGCUGGUCUUGGAACCCAGAUGAUCGCCCGGAGGCAACGGAAGUCGUUAGUUUCUUUGCAAGGAAAAACACUACCAUCUCCCCCACCGACCUACCACUAGCACUAGCAGAAGAUCUGACAGGUCAGAUCUUCGGUACGAUAAACGACUACGUCGCCAGUGGUGCAUUCGGAAACGUCUACAGAUGUAAAUGGAGACGGUGGUCGGACUCUGUCAAGGUCUGGCUAGUGGGCAGUGCCGACGUAACUUGCUGAUCAGCCUGUUCAUUAUCGCACUACAGGUCGCAGUAAAAGUCUUCAGGCAUCACAUAGAUUGCACCUCAAAGCAGGACUUGAGAGUGAGGGUUAAUGUAUGUCUGUUCUGAACAUUAUUUUAUCUGGAUUCGCUAGAAGUUUCGACGAGAAACUGCAAUAUUGGCACACCUCAUCCACGACAAUAGCGUCACACUUUAUGGAACGACAGAGG